UCAGUCAUCGACUGCACAAGUUUGCGUGUCAGACUGUCGAUAUACGGGAUCUGCACAGUCAUACCGCAACCAAGAGCUGACACGCCGAAGGAAAACUGCUGAUUUCUGGAAAGUAUCGACGAUAACAUGAGCGCCGGAUCGACUCCGCUUUGUCUCAAUUGAACACAAAAGUUCUGAAGUGCUUGCAUACCAGAUCCCGCAGAGUACUGGACCUCCGUCAUGCCAUCCACCAAGCUGUGGGUAGCCAGUUCCGGGGCGAAAGACAUGUUUCCAUGAAGAGCGCGUCUAUGUGCGACGUGGUUUUCAGCUUUAACUCGCGCUCCUCCACUGAAUCCGCAGUCCAUCUGAGCACCCUUGUACACAACCGGCUCAUAGCUGGGAAUGCUAGUGGCGAAAGGUCUCAAAAUUCUACGAACGCUAUCUUGAAGUUGAAACUGCUCAUUGCUGCUUGCCUGGACCUCCCUGCCUUGUGAAAAUAACUGGGCGACGAAACGAGCAUCUUCGAGUAGAUCUGGCGUAAUCGUGGCGGCUAUCAGAUUCGUCCUAUCGUGUUCAUCGAGAUCGAAAUCAAAUCUGCGGUCAACGAGCUUUGACCAUCGGAGAUCGAUGCCCAAGACAUUCUCACCCUGUUCUAGCUUAAGAAAAAAUGCUGACAGACUGCUUGCAAGUUGCUGUCUUUCCUCAUCUGAGAUGACAAUUUCCUCGCUCGAGCUCGACUGGCCAGUUAGCAAUCUGUGCUUCAGCGGCGGCGCAACGACAUCGAUAAACUCUCCCCUUGUUGAAUCCAAGGAAAACUGGAAUGCCAUUGCAAUGCUGUUCCUCCUGCCUGCUGCGACCUCCUGACUUUCAUCAGUUCGAUUCUAGUGCGUCUUUUUGAUUGUGUUCAGGUCUAUAACUCGAACUAUUCAGAUCGACUGAAGAAGAUGAAACUGUGUCUC